AUGGCCGAGUCGAGCAAUCUCGCUGCAAAGAUGGACGUCGAUGAGGCCGCCAUUGACGAGGGUCUCUACUCCCGCCAGCUGUAUGUCCUUGGACAUGAGGCGAUGAAGAAGAUGGCGACCUCGAAUGUGUUGAUCAUCGGCUUGCAAGGUCUUGGUGUAGAGAUCGCCAAGAACGUCUCUCUCGCCGGUGUCAAGUCCGUCACGCUCUACGACCCCGAACCAGUCACCGUUCAAGACCUUGCCAAUCAGUUCUUCCUCCGCGAAAGCGAUAUCGGCAAACCCCGCGCUGAGGCCACCCUCUCGCGGCUUGCAGAGCUGAAUGCCUACGUGCCAGUGCGCUACCUCCCCGGAGCCGCUGGACAACCACUGCCUUUGGACGCGAUCAAGUCCUUCCAAGUUGUUGUUCUUUGCGGAGUUCCUCUUGCCCAACAGCUUGAAAUCAAUGAUUGGACACACGCCAAUGGCGUGCACUUCAUCGCAGCUGAGACACGUGGUCUCUUUGGCUCCGUUUUCAACGACUUCGGUGCCAAGUUCACAUGCGUGGACCCUACGGGAGAGCAGCCACUCAGUGGAAUGAUCGUUUCUGUUGAGAAGGAUAAGGAGGGUGUCGUCACUUGCCUUGACGAGACGCGUCACGGCUUGGAGGAUGGUGAUUUUGUAACUUUCAGCGAAGUUCAGGGAAUGGAAGAGCUCAAUGGCUGCGAGCCUCGCAAGAUAUCCGUCAAGGGUCCGUACACCUUCACAAUCGGUGACACGAGUGAUCUUGGAGAUUACGUACGGGGAGGUAUCUUUACCCAGGUCAAGAUGCCGAAGAUCAUCGAAUUCAAAUCUCUACGGGAAUCCCUGAAAGCGCCCGAACACUUCAUCACUGACUUCGCCAAGUUCGAUCGCCCUGCCACCUUGCAUGCUGGAUUCCAGGCGUUGUCAGAAUUCAGGGUUCAGAAUGGCCGUUUUCCCAAGCCACGAAACGCCGAAGAUGCUGAUGCUAUCUUCGCUUUGGCGAAGAAGAUCGAUGCCGACGUGGACGAGAAGAUCGUGAAGGAGUUAUCCCACCAGGCUUACGGUGAACUUGCCCCCGUCAACGCGGUCAUCGGAGGCUUCGUUGCUCAGGAAGUGCUGAAGGCGUGCUCGGCUAAAUUCCAUCCUAUGCUGCAGCACAUGUAUUUCGAUUCAUUGGAGUCCAUGCCCGCUUCUGUACCCUCUGAGAAUGACUGCCAGCCAGUUGGGAGCAGGUACGACAAGCAAGUCGCAGUAUUUGGCAAGGCAUUCCAGGAGAAGAUCGCGAACCACCGUCAGUUCUUGGUCGGUGCUGGUGCGAUUGGAUGUGAAAUGCUGAAGAACUGGAGUAUGAUGGGUCUUGCUUCUGGUCCCAAGGGUCAUAUUCACGUCACCGAUCUCGAUACCAUUGAGAAGAGUAACCUGAACCGUCAAUUCUUGUUCCGCCCUAAAGACCUUGGCAAGUUCAAGUCCGAGGUUGCCGCAGCUGCAGUAUCCGAGAUGAACCCUGACUUGAAGGGCCACAUCCUAACCAAGCAGGAGCCUGUUGGACAGGCAACAGAGAAUGUGUAUGACGAUGAGUUCUUUGCUGGCUUGGAUGGUGUUACCAAUGCCCUUGACAACGUUGCUGCUCGAUUAUACAUGGACUCGCGGUGUAUCUUCUACGAGAAACCGCUUAUUGAUUCUGGCACCCUCGGUACCAAGGGCAAUGCUCAAGUGAUCAUUCCUCACUUGACAGAAUCCUACGCUUCUUCGCAAGACCCCCCUGAAAAGCAGACGCCAUCUUGUACUGUCAAAAACUUCCCGAACGCUAUUCAGCACACGAUCGAGUGGAGCCGGCAGGAGUUUGACAGUCUGUUCGUGAAGCCUAUUGAGACUGUGAACCAAUACCUCUCCGAGCCCAAUUUCUUGGAGAGCAGCCUCAAAUACUCAGGACAGCAGAAGGAGCAGAUAGAGCAGAUUCUGUCGUACCUUGUCACCAAGAAGCCUCUGACGUUUGAGGAGUGCAUCGUCUGGGCACGUCUCCAGUUUGAGGACAGGUACAACAACUCCAUCCGGCAGCUUCUGUUCAGCUUGCCAAAGGAUGCUGUGACGAACACCGGCCAGCCAUUCUGGAGUGGCCCUAAACGUGCACCCGACCCGCUCACCUUCGAUUCCAAUGACCCUACCCACCUGGCGUUUAUCAUUGCGGCUGCUAACCUUCAUGCCUUCAACUACGGUUUGAAAGGCGAGACCGACAUAUCGGUUUACAAGAAGAUUGCUGAGUCCGUCAUUGUGCCCGAGUUCACGCCAAGGAGUGGCGUCAAAGUCCAGAUCAACGAGAACGACCCAGUAGCUGGUGCUGGCGACGACUCUGACGACAUCGGCUCCCUCACCAAGCAACUCCCUCCCCCUUCGUCUUUAGCAGGCUACCGUCUUAGCCCUGUUGAGUUCGAGAAGGAUGAUGACACGAACCAUCACAUCGAUUUCAUCACUGCUGCAUCGAAUUUGCGUGCUAUGAACUACAACAUCCCUGUGGCCGACCGACACACCACGAAGCAGAUCGCUGGCAAGAUCAUUCCGGCCAUCGCUACCACAACUUCGCUGGUCGUUGGCCUUGUCUGCUUGGAGCUCUACAAGAUCAUCGACGGGAAGAACAAGUUCGAGGACUUCAAGAACGGCUUUGUCAACCUCGCCCUGCCGUUCUUCGGCUUCUCUGAACCGAUCGCGGCAAAGAAGGAGAAAUACGGCACCACCGAGUGGACGCUCUGGGACCGCUUCGAGUUCAAGAACGACCCGACGCUCCAGGAUGUUAUCGACUGGUUCCAGAACGAGCACAAGCUCGAGGUGGGUAUGGUUAGCCAGGGCGUGAGCAUGCUCUGGAGCUCGUUCAUCGGCAAAAAGAAGAGCGAGGAACGUUUGCCCAUGAAGUUUAGCAAGCUGGUGGAGUUCGUUAGCAAGAAACCUAUUCCUCCUCACACGAAGCAUCUGCUCGUCGAGGUCAUGGUGUCUGAUGAAGAGGGCGAAGAUGUCGAGGUUCCUUUCAUUGUGGUCAGGAUCUGA